CGGGACGGCGACGGGAAGGAGGAAGAAAAAGGUGGACGUGUGACGGCGUCCGCGGAUUCCACAGAGCUGCAGCAGCCAUGGCCCCGAUCAAGGUGGGCGAUGCCCUUCCCGCGGUGGUGGUGUUCGAAGGGGAGCCUGGGACCAAGGUGAGCCUGGCCGAGCUGUACAAGGGCAAGAAGGGUGUCCUCUUCGGAGUUCCUGCAGCCUUCACCCCAGGCUGUUCCAAGACUCACCUUCCGGGGUUUGUGGAGCAGGCUGGGGCUCUGAAGGCAAAGGGAGCCCAGGUGGUGGCUUGUCUGAGCGUCAACGAUGUCUUUGUGACCAGCGAAUGGGGGAAAGCCCACCAGGCAGAAGGCAAGGUUCAGCUCCUGACGGACCCCACUGGGGCCUUUGGGAAGGAAACAGAUCUGCUCUUACAUGACUCCUUGGUGCCGGUCUUUGGGAACCGAAGGCUCAAGAGGUUCUCCAUGGUGAUCGAGGACGGCAUAGUAAAGGCCCUGAAUGUGGAGCCAGAUGGCACAGGCCUCACCUGUAGUCUGGCCCCCAAUAUCCUCUCGCAGCUCUGA